CUUCCCAGAGGGGGGAGGCACCUACCAGUCAGGGACCUUCCCAGAGGGGGGAGGCACCCACCAGUCAGGGACCUUCCCAGAGCGGGGAGGCGCCCACCAGUCAGGGACCUUCCCAGAGAGGGGAGGCACUGUGAUAAACUCUGGUGUGAAUGUGUGUGUGAGUGAGCGCCCUGGUUCGUCCUCGUUCCAGGGCGAUUGUGUGGCUCCACGGCCUUCGUGGCUACGGAGUCCGAGUGGGCCCUAACCUGCGGUUCCGUGGUGACCUCAUGGCUCAGGGCGGUAUCUGUCUCUGGGGGACCCAGUCCCUCUCUACAAGUCAGAUUCAAGUGGGAGUCUAUACCACCCGCCAAAGCUAAGAGGCACCGAAGCUCCCCACGGGGACAUGGCCAGGUGGGCACCUGAGUGGCCUUCUCCUCAGAGGGGACACCCAUCCUUGUUUGUCUUUGUGUCAUCGACACAGGGGGGAAUUGGUUACUGAUUUGAUUUAGCAAUUGUGCAUGUCCAAAUGGCCCUUUUGCCCUAGGACCCUCCGCCAAAGUUUUCUUAAAAUUUUAAGGCUCACUCACCCCUUCCGUCAGCUGACUCUUUGAGCCGACUUAUUGAGAAAUUAGGUUUUCCCCCAAAGACUUGCCCCUUUUGCCAGACAGAUCUGCACCUCUCUCUAGGUCCCCUGGGCCAGUCCGUGUGGAGCGGUACACUCUGAUGUGUUCUUGUAUAAUUUUGGAUUCUCAUUACGAGGCUGCCUUCGUCUGUCACCUUUCCUUCAUAAUCCCCUGAUUCCCCAAGGAUUUCAGGCUCUUCACUUAGGCGAGGAGUACACAUACUGCUCCUCCACCUGCUCAGUGCCCUCGAGAGGGUCAACCACCCCAGACACCCUCUGGAGCCCCACCUGAAGGUAUUCCUAUGCGAACCCCAUUGCAGGGGAACACCUCCUUUCAGCCCCAUCUCCCUGAGACAUUUUAUGAUUAGGGCCAUCUUCAGGGAGGCACGUAAUCGUGCUGUCCAUCUGAGAAUACUGGGCUUUCCAGGAGUGGCGACAUCAGUGCUACCUAGGUUAUUAGGCCCUAAGACAAGGCCCUUUACGAGUGCGCCCCUCUCCUUCCUGGUCAAAGAAAUAAAUUACACUUGUCAACAAAGGGGAGACAAAGUCAUCUUAGGAGGAACUUGCUUGUACCUUUGAGAGGUAAAUGUCUUAUCUGGUCAUCUAAGGAACACUUCUCUCUGCUAUCUUUUGAAUGCAAAAUAAUUAAAAUAAAAUAAUUUAAAACUUGAAUUGCCAAAGAUAAAUAGAAAUCCUAAGUGUCUUUUCUGCGAAUAGUAAAAGGAUUUAGCCAUCUAGAUAGGUGACCUCGAUUUGUUCCAUCUGCUAGAAGCCAAUUUAAAUCCAAACCCUUGUGACUUGAUGGCUUUUAUGUUGUACCUGACUCAGUACUGAAAUUUUAGAAUGAGAAUUAUGAGGCCUCUGUGUUUGUGUGUUCAUAUGUAUCUAUAUGUUCAUUGUAGGUGUAUGGUAUUGCCAAAAGAAUUCAUAAAAGAACUCUAAUUGCCUUUAAAAAAAUUAUUAUUAAGCGCUUAUAAAUACUCAGAAAUAGAAAAUAAUCUGGCCGGAAUGAAUUUCAGGUUCAUGACAUCUGGAAAAUUCAGUACUAAACUGAUAUCUAGUAUUGAAUACGGUUUAAGCUUCCUGGUUUGAUUAAUAUAGACAUGUUUUAGAGUCAUCAACAUUAAGUAUAAUUUUUUUAUAUAAAUUUUUAUUGUGCCUAGAUGUAAUAUAAGCUAAAUAAAGUUUUGUUAUAUCUGUUAUAAAUUAGUUAGCAUGGAAAGUAACCUGAUGUAAAAAAAAAACUUCUGAGGAAAGAAAAUAUAAACGAGAUAAAAGCUUUUAGAUAAACCCUGUCAAGAAUUAUGCUUUAGGAAUAUCUACUUAAAAUAGUCUCUCCAGAUUCUGGUAACUUGAGAUUCUGGAGUUGCCCUAAAUUAAGUGAUGAAAGCUUAUUGCCUAGCUGGAUCAUUCCCAAAUAAAAGAAGAUACUAAAACAUAAAUUACUAAACAUUGGCUUCCUUUACAGAGAGACAAAAAGAUAUUUAGGACUACUGAUAAAUAUGCUUGGUGCCACGUUUUAAGAAGAAAGCAAAUGUUUUUAGAAAAUAUCACUGUUAUUUAUGUUCACCAAUCUACAGAAUGCUGUCACAAGAGACAGUUCAUGGUUGCUUAAGGAAAGUAAGAUGUAUAUUUUCCGUAAAGAAGGCCUGAGGAAUGGAGUUACAUUUUAUUAAGAGAAAAGUAGGUCUGACUUAUGGGUGACUGAAUGGGAGAUAAAGUAAUGAUACAGAAAGUGAUAAGGUUUGUGGAAAGUGGACCCCGAGAAAAGUUUUGUGCAUGAUCAGGAUUGACUAAGUUUAGAUAAAUUUAGUUGAAUAAAUUAAUUUGGAAAAUAAGCUGGUGCAAAACUUGAAUUUGGCUUUUCUCUCUGAUAAGAGGACAAGUUUUCUUUAAAUGUUGAACUGCCUUUUGAUGAAAGAUUUUAAGUUUCCUUACCUUUUAAGUGAUCUGUUCUUGUUACUUUGGCUAAGUGACUAACUAUUGUUUCAGUUACCUGUGAGCCUAUCUGACGGAGUGUUCUGGACCCUUUUUGGGUAUUUUGGACAAAACUUCCUAAAACAAAUUCUGAUGAAAUCCUUUUCACCUAUAGCUAACUCUGAGAUGCUUCAAAGGGCCCUGAAAUAUCCCAAAGAGAGAUAUAAACUAGGUUCAUUUGGUACAUUAAAUUAUAUAAGAAGUAAUAAAUGUUUGAUUUUAAUCUAUUAAUAUAGAUAUUCUAAAAAUUAUAUGGAAUUCCUAAAAUUCUGAUAUGUCCUGAUAUAAUGUUAUUGGUCAUAAUUCUAGUUAUUAUCUUAAAGUGUUGUAUGACACAACAAUAACCAAAUUGAUUGACCUUGUAAUCAGAUUUUAAACGCGCCUUCUUAAGCCUUAUGUCUUAAGAUGAUUCAGGUUUUAUUCUGAUGCCUUUGGAAAGUGCUUCCUCUUCAAGAUUUAUAAAAGGGAUUUUUGGAUAAAUACAAGUUUCUGACUUUCAGACCAUAAUGCUGAACGGAGUAAAAAAAACUGAAGAAUCCUAAUGAGAAACCUGAUGGCUUCAUAGGCUGUUAACAAAAAGAAUGUUACAAUAGGACUGAGAAAACUGGUGAAUAUGGCUAUAAGUAUUAUGGUUUCUAUCUAAAAAUUACUGGUUUAAAUCUGUGUUUUCCAGGUGUAAGGAAAACCUUCGCCUCAAACUAAUUAUGGCUUACAGUAAUUUGGUAAAUUAUACCUUUGUAAGCAGGAUUGAAACAUUUAUCUUUUCUCUAUCUAUUCCCUCUAGACAUUGGAAACUCUUAGGUUCUCAGCAGCUUUAUCAGAUAAAUUAGGAAGGCUACCUCACUAACAGGUAUAGAAAACGCAAGGUAUUUUGGGAAACCUGAAAAGGGAGGAAUUCACCUACAUCUGUUAGGCAAAAAUCUGUGAUAAGCCCUUGGCGUGGCUUUCCUAGCACUGAGAGGUCUUUUAGAAGUCUAGUCUGAGACUCCUUAUAAAAGAUUCAGCAAAGCAAAAAGCCUAUAUGAUGAAUUAUAGUUACAUAAAUUAUCAGGCCAAGUUUCUUUUGAGACCAGACUUAUUUUGCAAACAAAUUAGCCUUAAUCUGGUUAUAUUAGGUUAAAAUGAGGGUAAUUUUAGAGAGAAGAUUAUGUUUCAAUAAAUAUUAAGUGCCAGUUUUGCUGAUGGAGGUCUGUAUUUACUAAGAUUCACUCCCUGGAAAGUUCCUUGCUAUUGCGCUAAUAGUAAUGUAAAAUCCAACUAAGAUUUUUUUUUUGUAAUUUAUUUAUUUAUUUUUUGGCUGCGUUGAGUGUUUGUUGUUGUGUGCGGGCUUUCUCUAGAGGCUUCAGUAGUUGCGGCACAUGGACUCAGCAGUUGUGGUGCGCGGGCUCAGUUGCUCCGCUGCAUGUGGGAUCUUCCCGGACCAGGGCUCGAACCCGUGUCCCUUGCAUUGGCAGGCAGAUUCUUAACCACUGCGCCACCAGGGAAGUCCCUCCAACUAAGUUUUUAAAAGGACACUCUAAGUUUGUUCCUGAAGCUUAUCUCAGUAAUCUAUCUUUGGAUGAAAACCAGAUGCCCCACAACCUGCAACCAGGGGAUUAUGGAUACUAAAAGGAUGUAAUUUAAAGGACAACCUGCAACCUAGAUGGAAGGACACUUAUCAAAGGAGAAACUACACUCACACUAGGAAGAGAAGAAGCCGACAUCAGAAGUAGACAGCUAGCCCAAGAUGCUGGACCUGAGUCGUUUUUCUUCCCCCAAUCCCUCAGCUGCUGCUGCUGCUGCUCAGGAGGUCAGAUCUGCCACUGAUGGUAAUACCAGCACCACUCCGCCCACCUCUGCCAAGAAGAGAAAGUUAAACAGCAGCAGCAGCAGUAGCGGCAGUAACAGUAGUAACGAGAGAGAAGACUUUGAUUCCGCCUCUUCCUCUUCCACUCCUCCUUUACAACCCAGGGAUUCGGCAUCCCCUUCAACCUCGUCCUUCUGCCCGGGGGUUCCAGUGGCUGCUUCCAGCCACGUACCGAUACAGAAGAAGCUGCGUUUUGAAGACACCCUGGAGUUUGUAGGGUUUGAUGCGAAGAUGGCUGAGGAAUCCUCCUCCUCCUCCUCCUCAUCUUCACCAACUGCUGCAACAUCUCAGCAGCAGCAACUUAAAAAUAAGAGUAUAUUAAUCUCUUCUGUGGCUUCGGUGCAUCACGCAAACGGCCUAGCCAAAUCUUCUACCACCGUCUCUAGCUUUGCUAACAGCAAGCCUGGCUCAGCUAAGAAGUUAGUGAUCAAGAACUUUAAAGAUAAGCCUAAAUUACCAGAAAACUACACAGAUGAAACAUGGCAGAAACUGAAAGAAGCAGUGGAAGCUAUUCAGAAUAGUACUUCAAUUAAGUACAAUUUAGAAGAACUCUAUCAGAUCAUGAUCAGGAGCAUUUUUUUGUUUCUGGAUAGGACUUACGUUCUUCAAAAUUCAAUGUUACCCUCCAUUUGGGACAUGGGACUGGAGUUAUUUAGGGCUCAUAUUAUAAGUGAUCAGAAAGUCCAGAAUAAGACAAUUGAUGGCAUUCUUCUCUUGAUUGAGAGGGAAAGGAAUGGUGAAGCAAUUGAUAGAAGUUUACUCCGAAGCCUUUUAAGCAUGCUCUCUGAUUUGCAAAUUUAUCAGGAUUCUUUUGAACAACGGUUUUUGGAAGAAACUAACCGACUCUAUGCAGCCGAAGGCCAAAAAUUAAUGCAGGAAAGAGAGGUUCCUGAAUAUCUUCACCAUGUUAACAAACGUCUAGAAGAAGAAGCAGACAGACUUAUUACUUACUUAGAUCAGACCACCCAGAAGUCAUUAAUUGCUACUGUGGAAAAACAACUUCUAGGUGAACACUUAACAGCAAUUCUUCAGAAAGGUUUAAAUAACCUCCUUGAUGAAAACCGAAUUCAAGAUUUAUCCCUCCUGUAUCAGCUCUUCAGUAGAGUUCGAGGUGGCGUUCAGGUUCUCUUGCAGCAAUGGAUUGAAUAUAUUAAGGCAUUUGGUAGCACUAUUGUAAUUAAUCCUGAAAAGGAUAAAACCAUGGUUCAAGAAUUGCUGGAUUUUAAAGAUAAGGUUGACCAUAUAAUUGAUAUCUGUUUCCUGAAGAAUGAAAAAUUUAUCAACGCCAUGAAAGAAGCAUUUGAAACAUUCAUUAACAAAAGACCAAACAAGCCUGCUGAACUUAUAGCUAAAUAUGUAGAUUCAAAGCUUCGCGCAGGCAACAAAGAAGCUACAGAUGAAGAACUUGAGAAAAUGUUGGAUAAGAUUAUGAUUAUAUUUAGAUUUAUCUAUGGCAAGGAUGUUUUUGAGGCCUUCUAUAAGAAAGAUUUAGCCAAACGCCUGUUAGUUGGAAAGAGUGCAUCUGUGGAUGCUGAAAAAUCAAUGCUGUCCAAACUUAAACAUGAAUGUGGAGCUGCUUUCACCAGCAAACUUGAAGGAAUGUUUAAAGACAUGGAACUUUCUAAAGACAUCAUGAUUCAGUUCAAACAGGUAAAAUAUAUGCAGAACCAGAAUGUACCUGGGAAUAUUGAAUUAACUGUGAAUAUCCUGACAAUGGGUUAUUGGCCAACAUAUGUGCCUAUGGAAGUUCAUUUACCACCAGAGAUGGUAAAACUUCAGGAGAUUUUCAAGACAUUUUACCUAGGCAAACAUAGUGGCAGGAAACUUCAGUGGCAGUCAACCCUAGGACACUGUGUGCUAAAGGCAGAAUUUAAAGAGGGUAAAAAGGAACUCCAGGUCUCUCUUUUUCAAACACUGGUGCUGCUAAUGUUUAAUGAGGGAGAGGAGUUCAGUUUAGAAGAGAUCAAGCAGGCUACCGGAAUAGAGGAUGGAGAGUUAAGGAGAACACUGCAAUCAUUGGCCUGUGGCAAAGCCAGAGUUCUGGCGAAAAAUCCAAAGGGUAAAGAUAUCGAAGAUGGUGACAAGUUCGUUUGUAAUGAUGAUUUCAAGCACAAACUUUUCAGGAUAAAGAUCAAUCAAAUUCAGAUGAAAGAAACGGUUGAGGAACAAGCAAGCACUACAGAAAGAGUAUUUCAAGACAGACAGUAUCAAAUUGAUGCUGCAAUUGUUCGAAUUAUGAAGAUGAGAAAGACACUUAGCCACAAUCUCCUUGUUUCAGAAGUGUACAACCAAUUGAAAUUUCCAGUAAAGCCUGCUGAUCUUAAGAAGAGAAUAGAAUCCUUAAUUGACCGGGACUACAUGGAAAGAGAUAAAGAAAAUCCAAACCAGUACAAUUAUAUUGCGUAAAAUGUUGGCCUUGGAGCAUUUGAUGUCAUAUGCAGUAGCCAGUGGAUAAACUAACCUGUUAUUAUUUGACUUCCUUUAUACUACCAAUGACCAAAUGAAGCAGUGUAAUGGAAAUAGUUGAGUGACUUUUCAGUGGUUAACAUGCCCAUUUAAAGAGUAAUACUUACCUUUAAGAAGAAUAUUGUUGAACUCUUUGCAUGUUAUUUAGUAUGAUGUGCAGAAAACUCUCAAGAAAGUACCUGGUCUUCAUGAUUCCUAUUUGGAACUGGGGAAGAGGUCCCUAUGGCUAUUAAAAAAGAAGGAGGGGGGGUUCUUAUACACCAUUAAUUAUGAAGCAAAAGGUUUAUUUGCUUAAAAUGUCAUUUAAAGAUACUUAAACUGCAUGCAAACUUUAUUUACUGUACAGAGUUCUGGAUGUAUUUAUCAAAUAGAAAAACCACCCUGGACUUGAUUGUUCACCUGUUUUGUGAUUUCCAUUGAAGAGAAAAAUAAGUUGUCAUAGCUAUUGAUAUUUUACUAAGUAAUGUUCUGUUAUACUGAAAGGGAUGUUUUUAAAAAUUUUAUUUGGAAACAAGUUUUCAAGUAGAGGGACAGUUGCUUACAUAAUCUUGUAUACACACAUCCUAAAAUGUUCCAUUUGUGACAAUGGGAUGUGUGUAUAUGGUUCAGCCCUGAGUUUACUGUGCUGAUUAACAGGUACUUAUAAAAUUAGCUGAAAUAGAAAAUUGCUGAUGAAUUGUACUAGAAGAACAUGGUAGGAGAGAAAAAUCCAACUCUUUCUUCAUAUUAAAAAUGAAUAUAAUAUGAAUAUCACAAAAGAGACCAAAACCCACAUGUUUUAUAACUUUUUACAAGAGCAAAAAUUCAUAAAAUAGUUUUCAGCUUCCUUCAGACUUUAACAUUGUUUGGACAGUUUUGUCUUUAACUUGGACCAAUUGUAGAUUGUUACAGGCUUCCUGGGAUUUAGCAUUCCUAUUUUCUCUACCAAAGUUUGGUUUGGAAGCACCUCAACUCUCCUUUUUGUUGGCAUAUAAGCCUUUCCUGUCAUCCUUAUUUUAACUUCCUAAAGCCUUAGAUAGAACUAGAUCCUUCCUCAUUUCCCCCACACACCCCCUAGUUGGGAAUAUCAAAUUCUGUAUUAUGCUGAUCUUACUCCUUUCAGAAUUGCUUGAAGAUAAGGAGUUCUCAUAGCAACUGGACACCUGCUUUUCAGGGGAAUGUCCUAGGAUUGAUCAUACAUAGAAAAUAGCAAAAUAUUGUUUUUCAAAUUGAUGAUGUGAGUAAAAGGCUUCUUUUUACCAUCAGUGGUUUUUUGGGUUUGGGUUUUGGAUUUUAUUUUGCUUCCUUGUUUGUUUUUCCUUGAAGCUUUGAAGGGAAUUGAUCUUGGAGGAGAAGCAGAAAUUUUGUUUUGAUUAAAAAAAAUCAGAACUGCUUUAAUGGUUUUUGCAGCAGUGUAUUUCCUUGACUAUUUGGAGCCAUUAAGAAGAAUAUCUAGGUCCUAACUCUCAACUGAGAAGACUUUUGGCUCUUGUGUUUGCUAUUGAUUUUUUUCUUGAGUUCUCAAAGACCUGUGACCAGCUAUUUUUUUUAAAAAGCUGCCUGUUUUCUUUCUAAUUGCAUCAACUCACACACUGUUGUCUAAUAAUAUGUGGUAUUUAGAAUGCCUUCCUAAUUAUCUUUGAGCAGCCAUUGCCUGUAUUUUCUUCGCGCCUCCCUGGUUUCCUUACAUGAGCUUAUCUGACAAGGAAAUGCAGCUAUUUUGUUUGCCCUCUCUCCAUACUGGACCAUCUAAGUCAGUGUUCUAACUCAUCCCUGAUGGUCUCUGAAAUAUGUAGACUGUUCCACCAAACUCGAUAAUUACUCUUAAAGAAUUUUUAGGUAGAAUUGGCCCUAUUAGCAGAUUUCUUGGUGUCACCUUUGUUAUCUUGAAAGCUGGUCCCUUCCCUGAGGCUCUUAAUUUUUUUAAAACUUGAUGCUAUUUCAGCUGAAAAAAUUGGCCAGACUCUUAAAAACCAAAUCGAGGGGAGCUGUUUAAGAAAUUGAAAAGUAAUCACAAACAACAUUGGAUAAUUGUGACUUUCAGUUCUGUAUCAGAUGAAUUUUUGUGCUCUUUUCCCUGUGUACGUGGUGGUUCUAUUUUUCUCCAAUAAAACUUUUAUUUAAAAAAAGUUUCUGGAGAAGA